AUGGAACCGAAUGUACGUGUCUCAACUCAUCAUCACCAACCCCCUUUCAUCCAAAACCAAUCAUGCUCACUGUUUGAAAUCGAAACAGCCCAGUUCCAGCAAGCCCGUGAGGCCAAGCGCCAAAUCGGCGUCCCGUCCGCCUCCAUGCUCAUCUUCAACCGCAUCAUCGGCACCGGCAUCUUCGCCACGCCCGGCUCCAUCCUCGCCCUCUCCGGCAGCACGGGCCUCUCCCUCUUCCUCUGGGUCGCCGGCAGCAUCAUCGCCUGGGCCGGCACCGCCGUCUACAUGGAGUUCGGCACCGGCCUGCCCAAGAACGGCGGCGAGAAGAACUACCUCGAGUACGUCUACCGCAAGCCGCGCUUCCUCGUCACCGGAAUGUACACCACCUACGUGAUCCUGCUCGGCUGGGCCGCCGGCAACUCGGUCGUCUUUGGCGAGUACAUCCUCAACGCCGCCCGCGUCGAGGUCACCGACUGGAACCAGCGCGGCAUCGCCGUCGCCUGCAUCACCACCGCCUUCCUCAUCCACGGCACCGCCCUCAAAUGGGGCCUCCGCCUGCAAAACGUCCUCGGCGUCAUCAAGAUCUGCAUCGUCAUCAUCGUCAUCAUCGCGCCCCUGGCCAACAUCAAAAAGGUGAAAGAAAUCAACUGCCUGCACAACGCCUUCGAGGGCACCACCGGUAGCGCCUACGGCGUCGUCACCUCCCUCUACAACGUCAUCUGGAGCUUCGUCGGCUACAGCAACGCAAACUACGCCCUCAGCGAGACAAAGAACCCGACCCGCACCCUCAAGAUCGCCGCGCCCCUCGCCGUCGGCUCCGUCACCAUCCUCUACAUGCUCGCCAACGUCUCCUACUUCGCCGGCGUCUCCAAGACGGAGAUCCUCGAGGCCAAGCGCCUCGUCGCCGCCUCCCUCUUCCGCAACAUGUUUGGCGAGCGCGCCGAGAGGGCCCUGUCCGUCUUUGUCGCCCUCUCUGCCUUUGGAAACGUCAUGAGCGUCAUCUUCUCCCAGGGCCGUCUCGUUCAGGAGCUCGGCCGUGAGGGCGUCCUGCCCUUUUCGCGCCUCUGGGCGAGCAACCGUCCCUUUAACGCGCCCCUGGCCGGUCUCUUUGAGCACUGGCUCAUCACCAUGAUUACUGUCCUCGCUCCCCCGGCAGGCGACGCCUACAACUUUGUCCUCAACCUCAUCUCUUACCCCCUCGCCAUCAUCAACGUCUUCGUCGCCGGAGCCCUCGUUCAUCUCUACCGCAACCGCGCCGCCUGGAACUGGAACCCCCCGAUCAAGGCCACAUACCCCGUCGUCAUCUUCUUCCUCCUCAGCAACAUCUACCUCGUCGUCGCCCCCUUCGUGCCGCCCGAGGACGGUCAGAGCGUGUACGAGUCCCUUCCAUACUGGAUUCAUUGCGUCGUCGGCUUCGGCGUGCUCUUCGCCGGUGCCGUGUACUGGUUGCUUUGGGCCAAGAUUAUGCCUUGGAUCGGCAAGUACGAGCUCGUGGAGGAGACUGUUGUCGAUGAGAUUGACGGAUGGGAGAGGAGUUACUUUACCACUAGGUCACUGAAGUGA